AUGGAAUCGGGAGCUUUGCAGGAGCUUUUACAUUGCCUGCAUAUUAAACACCCCGACAGGACCAAAGCGAUUGAAACGACAAAAUCAGUGUUCGUCGCUUCGAAACAAUGCUCGACAACUCUUCUGAAGGAAGAUCUAGCGAGGCGCAUUCCGCAAAGAAACUACGCCGUCUUCGAAAAUAUGUGGAGUCGUGUGCAGCCGAAACUGACUCGGCACGCGGCCGUCCUUGAGUUCCUGAAAGACAUGGCCAGCGCGAAGGAAGACGAAGACUCAGCCUUCCGUUCUGUCAUGUCGAUGGACAAGUCAGCGUUUAGCCGAAAUGAGCGGAACAAAGAGAACCUCUCGCAAAACAGUGUAACGGUUACUUCUAUCUCGUCGAGUAGAUCGCGGCCGAUCUAUCAAUCGACGCCAAGAGAUACAACGCAGGCUUCGUUGUUGACUUCAAAAAGAAAUACUCUAUCAAGUACACCUGCGAAAGCAACAUGCUCUGGCGACUACUUGAACGUCUCUCAAGCGGAUCUCAUUCGAGACACUCUUUUUGCGAUGGAAGACAUCCCCGGCACUUUCAUUUGCUACGACGACAACGUCAAUUCACUUUACAGAUACCGACUCAAGGAGAAGUACAGAGUAGACAGUCGCGAUCGAUCAGAUGUGGAGUCGCUGGGCGCGUUGGGAUUUUACGUUCGCGAAAUCAGCGCCUUUAUCGCGCAGCACGAGAAGCAGGAAGGCUUUGGGAUGAUUGGAAGCGCGCUGGUGCGCAGCUUGUCAGCGGAAUUGGACGAGUAUCGCUACGCCCUUUCGAAUUUCAGAAUCCUGCCGGAGCUCACUUUGAUCUAUCUAAAGAGCGCCACGGAGAAAUGGAGAACUAGACUAGAGAAUUUAUACCUAUUGGUCUUCAAUGUGCAAAACAAGCGCGGGGGUGAGAUAUUGUCCGUGCUGCACGCCCUGGUCGCCCAUGGACACCCGAUGAUCCGGCAAAUGUUCACAAACGUCUUCGAAGCCUGUUCAAAACCAUACAUGGUGCAGCUCAACAUGUGGAUGUACAACGGCGUCCUGCACGACCCUUACAACGAGUUUCUCAUUGCAGCUGAUCUCCAGCAGCCGAUCGAGUAUUUCUGGACUUUCCGAUAUCACCUCGAGGAGAAGUUCCUUCCGUCUUUCAUCACGAAAACUCAAGCCGAAAAAAUACUUUUGAUCGGGAAGUCGAUUAAUUUUCUGAGAGAGGUAUGCAAACAGUCAGAGUUCCAGCCAUUCCAAGAGAAAGCUUCUGAUCCAAAUCUGAACAUUGUUGAGCAAAUUGAAGGCAAGAUAAAAAAUACAUACGAGUCCACUUCUAUUCGUCUAUUGUCGGUUUUGAACGAAGUCUACAACUUACCGCUUCACUUCCAAGCGAUGCGAAACUACAUGCUCCUAGGCCAGGGCGACUUUGUUCUACACUUGCUCGAGAGUUUGCAGCAAGAGCUUGGAAAACCAGCAGACGAGCUCUUCCGGCGCAACCUCGCCGAACACGUCGAGACAGCUAUCAGCUUGACGAACGCGCAGUACGAUCAUCCGGACGUGUUGAAGGCGAUCGACGUUCGACUCCACGGAAUGAACCCCGGAGACGUCGGAUGGGACAUCUUCUCGCUCAACUACAACGUCGAGGGGCCGCUAAAGACGAUAUUCCCGACAGAAGUGAUGAAAAAAUACAUCAGAGUUUUCAAUUUCAUUCUCCGAUCGAAGCGAAUGGAAUUCAAUCUUAACCAAAACUGGGGCAUGAUGAUGUCGCUGAAGCAACACUCGCGGGAAAUAAGCGAAGUGAGAGAAGUGUUCUUCAUCAGCAACAUUCUGCAAUUCGAAAUGAUCCACUUCAUCGGCCAGCUGCAGUACUACAUUCACUUCGAAAUCAUCGAAACAUCCUGGGGAGUCUUCGCCGAAAAGGUCGAGAAAGCAAAGGACCUGGACGAAGUGAUCAUCGCGCACAAUGCCUUCCUCAACGAGCUGGAACAGGGCUGUCUGCUCGCGGACUCUCUCUGGGACAAGAUAAAAUCACUCAGGUCGAUUUUCGACCAGAUUGUGCGCUUCGAAAACAUCCAGAAGAAAAUCUUCGAGGCCGUCCAGCAAGAGUCAGAAUUGCGAACAGCUUUUGCCUCCAUUGCCAAAUCAAGUGCCUUUUCCGAGGAUGAUGAGCUGCUAGAGAAGGAACGCAGAAACACCUUCAAGAACGAAAUGUUCAAACACAAGUGUUCGGUGACCACCUGCCGGACGACUUACCAGAAGAUGGUCGGUGACUUCCUCGAGUCGCUCAAGGACGACAAAGUCCAGAUCCUGAGCUGUCUGGCCUGGCGACUCGACUACAACAGUUUCUACGAGAACUCGCAAGUCUGA